AGGGCCCUAUUCCUGGCUAUUCGAAAGGCAGGCCCAAGAGUAACAGUGACAAGAUAAUGGGUUGAAAAGAGAGCUCAUUAUUCCAUAAUAAAUGAUGGAUGAAAGUGAAGAUUUGGUUGAAGAUCUGCUCACUGAUUAUGCCAUACAGCUUAGCAUUCAAGAGUCAAAUGCACCCAGGCCAUCAGUAUCUUCCAGCCAUAAUGACAGAUUUGUACCACCUAGUGAUGAAAAUAGGAAAAUUGUAACAGCCAUAAAGCAAGGCCAAGUAUUUGGGCUUCAAGACCUUGUGAAAAAGAAAUAUGCUUUGGAUGAAGCUGAUGAAAGAGGGUGGUUUCCACUGCAUGAGGCUGCAGCUCAGCCAAUUCAGCAAAUACUUGAAGUCAUUUUGGAUGCAUCUUAUAAAACAAUGUGGGAAUACAAAACAUGUGAUGGAGAAACACCAUUAACUUUGGCAGCAAAAGCUGGCUUUGUGGAAAAUGUAAGAACAUUACUGGAAAAGGGCGUUUGGCCAAAUACCACAAAUGACAAAGGAGAAACUCCACUUCUUAUUGCUAUAAGAAGGCGCUCUUUUCAAAUGGUGUCUAUUCUGAUUAAACACAAUUGUAAUAUCCACCAGCCGUGCGUGAAACGUUGGUCAGCAAUGCAUGAAGCUGCAAAACAGGGUUGCAAAGAAAUUGUUUCUCUUCUUCUAAAGAAUGGUGGAAAUGCAAAUCUCAGGGAUGGAUAUGGAGUAACACCAUUAGGUGUUGCUGCUGAAUAUGGUCACUGUGAUGUCCUGGAGCAUCUUAUUCAUAAAGGUGGAGAUGUCCAGGCCUUAGCAGAUGACGGUGCAUCGAUACUAUUUGAUGCAGCUGGAGGAGGUAAUCCAGACUGCAUAGCACUUCUUUUGGAGUAUGGAGGAAGUGGUAACGUGCCUAAUAAUGCAGGACUGCUUCCCAUACACAAAGCAGCUUAUGAGGGACAUUACUUGGCCCUGAAAUAUCUCAUUCCAGUCACAUCCCAAACUGCAAUCCAGAAAAGUGGGUUAAGCCCUCUUCACUCAGCAGCAGAUGGCCAGAAUUUGCAAUGUCUAGAGCUCCUUAUUGAAAGUGAUUUUGAUGUCAAUACUCUGUUGGCUGAACAUAUUUCAGACAGUUAUGAUGAUGAAAGGAAAACAGCACUCUAUUUUGCCGUUUCUAACAAUGACAUUCUCUGCACUGAAAUAUUACUCAAAGCCGGUGCAAAUCCGAACAAGGAUCCUUUAAACUGUCUCCUUGUGGCAGUGAGAGCUGGUAAUCAUGAAAUAGUAAGGCUGCUUCUAUCCCACGGAGCAAAUGUCAACUGCUACUUUAUGCUAGUCAAUGAUACCCAUUUCCCCAGUGCCAUUCAGUAUGCCUUGAAUGAUGAGGUGAUGUUAAGGCUCUUGCUCAAUCAUGGAUACAAUGUGGAGAUGUGUUUUGACUGUAUGCAUCAGGAUAUCUUUGGAAAUUCCUUUGUGUGGUCAACUCCAGAGGAAGAAAUUCUCCCAGGAUGGACUUCUUCUGUAAUUAAGGAUAAUCCAUUCUGUGACUUUAUUGCCGUUCCUUGGUUGAAACAUUUAGCAGGAAAAGUGGUUCGUAUUUUCAUUGACUAUAUGGAUUAUGUUCCUCUAUGCACAAAAAUUAAGUUUGUCCUAGAAACACAGAAGGAAUGGCCAGAAAUACGUCAGAUACUGGAUAAUCCUCGCUCAUUGAAGCAUCUAUGUCGUCUGAAAAUACGUAAACUCAUGGGAUUAAGGAGACUCCAGAAACUGGAGUCCAUGAAGUCCAUGAAGAAGUUUCCACUUCCCCCAGUCCUCAGGAACUAUAUCUUAUAUAAAGAAUAUGAUCUGUAUGGAGAAGGGAUACAUCUAGAUUAGUUAAAAAAAAAAAAAAAAACUUUUUUUUUAAAAAAAUAUUUUUUUUAAAUGUGUACAAUCUGUACUUUAACUCAUUUCUUUACUAUUUUUGACUAGUUGGAGAAUUGUUUAGUUUGUUUUGUGGCUCAGAAUGCCCUGAUACUUGUUGUAAAUAGAUUUUUUUUAUGGGAACAAUUUUUUUUUCAAAAGCUAGCAUGUUAAAGCUCAACUUAAGAUUUUAUGUUUUAACUCAACAUUGUAUUAUUCAAUUACAGGUUAAAAUUAGAAUAUGGAGACUAUAAUAAUUGAUUAGAACACUAAAUGAGAAUUUAGGUAAAUAAAGGAUAAAAAUCGUGUUUAAUGAUUACUUCAGGAAGAAUUUUCCUGAUGGACUUCUUAAUGAAGAUGAUAAACAUGAUUGCUACUCUCAGUUUUUGGCAUCAGAUUAUUAGGAAAAGAAAUGUGUAAUUUAAUUUGGCACACUAACUGCACUUUUCUGUCACGUAAUUGGCCUGAAAUAUGACACAUUUUGUAUUUUGAAAAUCAUGAUCCUAUUAUAAAGGUCUCCAAAAAAAUUCAUAGAUUCCUUUUCUGCUGUUUUUGCAUGUAUGUUCCCAGGUACAGCAUCUGUGCAUGCAGGACAGCAUAGUAUAAUUCUUGGCAAAGUCUGAGAGACUUUAUAUAGACUUUUUAAAGAAAAAGUGGGUUUUAAUGGACAAAAAAAUAUAUCAAGCAGCAUAUUGUUGCUUGAUUAGUUGAGAAAUAAUGUCGUAAAUUUAAUUAUGGUUCCUACAGAGUUGUCAGAUCACUUCCAAAUCUGACUAAACCACACUUUUAGCCAUGCUGUGAUGCACUUGGCAGUAUAUUUCUGUACAUGCCUAGAGGGAAAUACAUCUAUUUAAAUAGUCUUUGAACUACACUAUUAAAAGUGGACAGCACUUCCACCUUUUGCAAUUCCACCAUCCCUUAAAAAAAAAAAAAAAAAAAAAAAAAAAAAAAAAAAGGCAUUCAAAGCCCCUAAAUUCACAAAUUAUUUCAGAUGGUGGAUGUCAGCAUUAUAUAGUGCUUAAGUCAGAGCGUGGCAAAACAUUUAGUCCUAGUUCUCUCUCUCUCUCUCUCUCUCUCUCUCUGUCUGUCUUUCACACACACACACACACACACACACACACAAGCAAACAAACAAAAGAUCAGCUGAAGCAUCCUUCUGCCCUACUCAGUGGGCUGGGGAUUUUUUCCUCAUUCUUCAGAAUUUCUCCUUAUUUUUUGUUUAUUUACUGUAUAUAAUUACCACAAAUAACUUGGUUAGAGAUGUAAAUUCCAUUUCCAGAGGCAACUUCAUCAGUCCCUUUGUGGAUCUCUCCUUGGUAACAGAAGUAACGGACCAAAUGUAAAGAAUAAAAAUUAUUGAUCUGUGACAUGUAGAGGGUCAAAGAGAUGACUUAAUUAUUGCUUCUGGUUUCAGUAGGAUUACUAGUCAUCUGGAUUUCCAAGACUUGUCCUCUGUUUUUUGUCAGAAAUUUUGUCCAAGAUGAAAAAGAAGUAUUUGAUGAAUACAGUGACCAUAGUAUAAGAAUCUGAAUAGUCACGUAUCUAAUACAGUAUACUGCAACUAGCAAAGGAAGCAUGAUCAAAUAGGACAUGAUGAUUUAGACAGAUGAUUUUAAACCCUUUCAGUGGCUAGAGCCAAAUUCCAUUAGUAAUUUUAGUUCAUGGGAUGAGGUUUAUAUUUAGGACUCUAUGCAUGCCUCAGGCAAUAGUGAAAUCACCUCUGGCAUCACAGCAUUCAGCUCUAGGACAGCAUAUUGCCAUAAAUGUUAAAAAUAUCAUGGACUAGUCCUUGAAAUAUCAUGAGGUAAGCUAAAAAGCCAUGAUAUUAUUGGAUACAUCCUUUAACCAAUACAACUGGAACCCUUUUUGUUGUUCGGUAGCCCGUGACAGAAGGUGGCCUAAUCCUGUUUUAAAGCUUUUUUUUUCUUCAACAUUGAAAAUGUUUAAAAUGUUUAUUUACUGAAGACCUUCCCCCCCCCCCAAGCGUUAAAGAAAUUAUCAUGACAUGAGAAAGCAUCUGGGAUGCUUCUAAGACAUCUCUGAACUGCAAAGGAAGGGGGAGGCAAUACUUAAGUUUUGAAGGGUACAUAAGGAGAGAAAGAUACAGAAAGGAAACUGUUUACCUCAUGUCAUGCUGAUGACACAGCUAGGAAUUGAACACAGUCUUUUGAAUGCCAUAUUUUGCAGCCAGACCAUUAAAUUUUACUUUUCUAGAGUUAAGUGUGCAUUGGUGGGAGCAGGAAAAGUAAGUAGUCUAGGACUGGCCUUUUUGUGAAAAGAGGAAGGCAGCAGCCACAGCUGCAAGAAUAAAGUGCUAGGGAAAACUACUACUUUUUUUC